AUGAAGAUAUUAAUCGAUUUUCCUACUCUGGAGACCCCAAAUUACGCCUACUCCUACGCCGUCGUAGGUGACCGCUACUCUGGUCCCAACUACGACCACUCCGAGACCCGCGACGGCUACAAGACCCAGGGCAGCUACUCUAUAGACCUCCCCGACGGCCGCAGGCAAGUCGUGACGUACGUGGACACUGGCAAUGGUCUGAUGGCAGAUAUUACCUUUGAGGGGGAAAUCAAGCUUCCCCCUAGCUACGCACCUGCCCCUAGCUACACACCUGCCCCUAGCUACACACCUGCCCCUAGCUACACACCUGCCCCGAGCCAUGACCUUAUUCCCAGCUACAUUGGCGGUCCCAGCUACAAACCCGCGCCCUCACACCGUCCGUACGCUUAA